CAAGCAAACUAGGCCCAUCCCUAGUGCAAAACAUAGCAAAAACAAUUGCGCGAUAGAAAUUACUUUAGAAAUACAAUUAUUUAGCCAGUUUUAACAAUAGAACCAUUGUACUGUGUUAGUGCACACGCUGCCCAACGCAUUGCCCGUGCAUAUAAAGUGUUUUUGUCAAAAGAAAAAGAACACAGCGACAGACAACACAAUGAUGAGCCUGCUAGGGCGACCCGAUGUGGAUGCGGGCGAGGUGUUUGUCAACUUUAAUCAAAACAUAACUUCGCUGGCCGUGGCCACCAGCGGCAGCUACAGCCUGUAUAGCCUGGGCUCUGUGGACUCCACGCUGGACAAAAUCUAUAACACAAAAUGCGAUGAUCUAUUCCUGAUCGAGCGACUGUUCGAGAGUUCGCUCGUUGCCAUCGUGUCGCAGCGUGCGCCGCGCAAGCUGAAGGUGUGUCAUUUCAAGAAGCAGAGCGAGAUCUGCAAUUACUCGUACUCGAACACAAUUUUGGCCGUGAAGCUGAAUCGCGAACGCUUGAUUGUCUGCCUGGAGGAAUCGCUUUACAUACACAAUAUCCAGGAUAUGAAGGUCGUGCACACCAUACGCGACACGCCCUGCAAUCAGUUGGGCUUGUGUGCGCUCUCAUCCUCGUCGGAGCAUUGCUAUCUGGCCUAUCCGGGCAGCGUUACGGCUGGCGAGGUGCAAAUAUUCGAUGCCAUCAAUUUGCAUGCCAAGACAAUGAUACCCGCCCAUGAUACACCGCUGGCGGCAAUUGCGUUCAGCCCGUCGGGCACUGAGAUUGCCACCGCGAGCGAGCGUGGCACCGUCAUACGUGUGUUCAGCUCCCAGGACGGCAGUCGACUGUUCGAGCUGCGUCGCGGCCUCAAACGUUGCGUCUCGAUUGUCUCGCUCUCGUUUAGCACUUGCGCCGAGUAUUUGGUCUCUAGCUCGAACACGGAGACGGUGCACAUAUUCCGCUUGGAUCGCAGCGCUGCCGAGAACAAUGACCAUGGGAAGCAGUCGAGCGACGAUUGGAUGGGUUACUCGUUUUUUAGAUUCUUGAGCAAAACGGUGACCAGCUACUUGCCCACGCAGGUGACCGAUGUGUUUAGCCAGGGGCGGGCUUUUGCAUCGGUCACCCUGCCGGAGGCGGGUGUGCGACGCAUGUGCGCCAUAACCACCAUACAGAAGCAGCUAAGGCUAUUGAUUGCCUCGCAGGAUGGGUAUUUGUAUGUCUAUUCCAUACCCUCGAUUGAGGGCGCAGAGUGUCAGCUAAUAAAGCGGCAUGAUUUGCGUUUGGACGAUAGCUAUGCCAUGGAUGUUAAAGUUGAUUCAACUCAUCAUGCUUUAGGUCUGAACAGUAAUGUUUCCAUUGGUGGUGCGGCCGGGGUGCCAAGUGCCGCCGCCGCCGCCGCUGCUGCUGCCGCUACUUCUGGUGGUGCUGCUGGCGAUGGCAAAUCUACUGAAAAACCGGGCAGUUCGACGAGCGGCGGCAAUGCAGGCGCUAGUUAUGCCUCGGCUGUUAAAGGCGAUGAACCGGCUGGUGGCGCCUCAUCCUCCACUUAGGUGCAAUUCAAACAACAACAACAACAACCACAAGUGGUAACAAAAAAUGAUAUGAAAAAAGAAGAAAAACUCACUCCUCAAAGUACUAAGGACGACGAUGAUAAAGUGAUUGGAUUUGGGUCAUGCAGCUGGCGAGGACGUUGGAGGCGGUAGCUCUGUGGCGUCAAACAAAAAAAUUAAGUAAAUAAAUGAAUAGGUCUUAGACUUAGCUUUUAACGUAA